AUGAGUGCUGUUACCGACAACGAAGGGUUUUUCGAAGAGAAUGAAGGAGUCGACGCUGAAAAUAUAUCAAACGAUUUUAAGAAACAACGUUCUUCAAAGGCAUGCGACAAGUGCAACAAAAGGAAAGUCAAGUGUGAUGCCGAAAAAUAUAUUCCAUGUUCAAACUGUGUCAAAUCUGGCAGUGUGUGUCUUCGCUCUCGUCCUUUGAAAAAGCGUGGUCCUCGACCAGGUUAUAUCAGUAUGUUGGAAAAUAGACUCGUUGGUCUUGAAAGCAUGCUAAAGUCUCGACAAGCUCCAGGUACUGAAACUCUAUCAUUAGAACCACAAUCGUCGUUCUUAAAGCGAGCAAGGUUGACACCUCCCGAUAUAUCUUCGACAAGGGAAAACGAUCAUCAUAAGGGCUCGGAUGAUAUUUCAAUACCAUCUGUUAAUCUAAAUCUACAUAAUGGCAAUAUCCAUCUACCAGCAUUGCAACCCACUUCUGGGUGUUCGUAUUCUACACCACCCACUUCAUUUUCAAUACCUUCUGUAACUUCCCUACCUUUGACAACUGAUAAUACUUUGCCUUCUACAAUCAACAAACCCACAUCUGUUGGACAAUUUGCUUCGUCAAAACCCUUGCUCGCUGAAUCACUUGCACCACAUUAUCAACUAUUCAAGCCAAAGCCUAUGUUGGAAUCAAAGUCCAUGUACAGUACCCUAUUAUCAUAUGUGAAUCGAUCAGAGCCUUUGGCCCUUCACAGCUCAGAUUCUACAGCCUUUCAUGGAUCUGAGCCUCUAUCUUUUCAUGGCCCAGAUUCUGCUUGUAUCCAUAAUUCAGAGCCUUAUCUUAGUCCCGAGGUGCGCGAAGCAGUAUUGAAGUUGUUCUUUCAAAACAACCUUCAAUGGCAUUCGUAUUUACCCGAAAACUACGUGCGUGAGCAAAUUGAUAUGAGCCGAUUUCUUUUCUAUUCAAUCUUUUGUAUGACCUUGACACAAUCACCUCCUGAAAUUCGGACCCCUGAGCUUGUCAACCUUGUCAACCUACUGUUUCAAGUCUUGUGUGAUAUGCUGACAAAGGAACUAGAUAAUCCUACAGUAAUGACGGUGUUGUCACUGGUUAUGAUGUGUGCAUUUGGAAUAGAAACAGGACGAGGAAGCGCAUCUUGGCUGUAUCUUACAAUGGCAGUCCGUAUUUCACUCGACUUGCAGCUCAACAAAGAAUGCUCGUCAGGCUCUGACGAAUCAUUUUCCAUCAGAUCAGUAAGACGCAAUGUGUGGUGGAUCUGCUAUAUUUGUGAUCGCUACUAUGCAGCUGGAAUCGGGUCGUCACUGCUGAUCAAGGACGAAGAUUGUCAAGUAAAACUUCCAAAAAGCGAUAUGGAUGUGAAUAACCAGUUUGAUCAAGAGUUGCACAGAUUUGGCGAAGAUGCUACAUUGCAGAUUGCUAUCAUGUCAAGUCGCGAAUGGUAUGUUCCAGCAAUACCAAACAUGGGUCUUCGUGCCUAUCUAUUACUGCUUUUGAAGAUUUAUGGCAAAGUAGCCGAGUAUGAGAUGCACUUGGAUGAUCCUAUGCCAGCUCGCACAGAUGUUGAAAACGAGUAUUGUCUUGCAGCACUGAAUGCCUCGCUGUGUGAUUGGCUAGCAUCGUUGCCUUCAUAUGCCAAGGACAUUACUGGUCAAUUGCUCGAGCAUGAUGUAUAUGGAGACCGUUCAGUUCCAGCCAUGGUGCAAUACCUUCACAUGCUAUACAAUUGCGUUGUCAUUACUCUUCACAGAUCAAAAAUGAUGCGUAAUAUCCAAACAUUAGGAUUUUCUACUGCUUCAUCUCUUACAUCAUUCAAACUUUGUAUGAGCGCGGCCAAUUUAAAUGGGAUUUUGAUUGCUCGUAUACUUGCCAAAAAUCCACUUCUUACACAUGUGGUUUCAUAUGCAUCUCAUUGUCUCUAUAUAUCUGGUACGGUCCAUGUCACAUGUGUAAAACUAUCCACAGAUUCGUCCAUGUGUAAUCUUGCACGAGAGAAUUUGCGAAUGCAUAUUCGAGCAUUAAGGCGAAUUGCGCAAUGCAUUUCUACUGCAGUGCCCCGCUUAAACGAACUUCUUUCGUCAUGUCAAUCGAUUGAAGGGAUUUUGUCAGAGGAUAUUGAUCUUGCUCAUUUGAAUGUACCAUCAUCAACUGGCCUACAGGGCCCUACCACUUCGUUGGGUCAAGAUUCGUCGCCUUUGGUUUUCAAUGCCCGCCAUCCAGAAAGCCGAUUGCCAAGUCAUGAACAGUCUAGAGACACUACACACGCAUAUUUAAACCAGCAAGUGCAUCACGAUCAGCAUAUUUAUAAUUUAGAGUCUCAUGCAUCACCAACCUCGUAUAUUCAUGACCAACAAGAUACCAACCAACAAUUACGCAAAUUUCAACAUCAAAAGACUGACAAAACAUCGCAUGAUAACUUUAAUACAAUUACGUAUGGCAACUCGCAGUCCAAAAUUGAUUCCUAUUUUUAUUACGGAGCAGAAUUGCACGACCAAGGUAAAAAUGAAAUGAUGUCUAUCGUGAGUGGAUUUAAAACACAGACAUCGCAAAUGCCACCUUGCACACAAGUUCAGGGUGCGUUUGAUCCAUUGAUGGACUUUGCCUGGAAUGAAUUAAAGUGA